GCGAAGUAUUGUGUUUAAUUAACGACCGUUUCUUUAAAUGAAAUUUAAUAACAAAAUUUAAUUAUUUUAUUAAACAGCGUCUAUAAAUGAAAAUUUUUCAAACAUUAUUUAGUCACCUACUAAAUAUGGUUGCGAUGAAAGAGAUCUUGCUCUUCGCCACAAUUUCGGCUUGUAUAUUUUUAACCGUUACUGCAAAACCAUCUCCAGAAGCGAAGAAGGUUGAUAAAGUUUCACUGAGAUUAGGACCUUUAGAAGAAGCAGAUAUAGAGGCUGAGCUUAGACAAUUCAUACUGCCAAAUUCUAAGUACGGCGGGCGGCGGCAAGAUUUAACAGAAUUUAAUUAAGCUCAUCGAAAAAAUUCAAUGAGAUCCCGAUGCCCCAACAAGGAAAUAACAAGACUAGGCGAUGAAGAAAAUUUUUUGUAAUUGUGAA